GAGUGGAAUGCACACGGCCUUGCAUACGCCUCCGUCUCAGGUAUAAAACAGUAGUCUUGAGGAUUCGUCGCUGCAUAACCGAGGACAAUGAGACUUCUCCUUCUGCUUCCGCUGGUCGCCGCCUCACUCUCCCUUGCUGAGGGAGUGAUGGUGUGCUACUUCGGCUCGUGGGCCGUGUACCGCCAGGGCCUCGGCAAGUUCGACGUAGAGGACAUCGACCCCAAGAUCUGCACCCACAUCAUCUUCGGCUUCGCUGGUCUGGCACACGAUUCCUCGAUCAGAGUCCUGGACCCCUGGAACGAGCUGUGCGACAACUACGGCAAGUGCGCUUACGACAGGUUCACGGCACUCAAGCAGCAAAACGCUAACCUGAAGGCCAUCUUGGCCGUCGGUGGCUGGAACGAGGGAUCCCCUAAGUAUUCCAAGAUGGCAGCCGAUCCAGUGCUGAGGGACCGAUUCAUCACCUCCUCGAUCGAGCUGCUUAAGAAACACGGCUUCGACGGCCUCGACAUGGACUGGGAGUACCCGACGCAGCGAGGCGGGGCCCCUGAGGACUAUGAUAACUUCGUCACCCUCAUGGCUGAGCUCAACCAAGCCCUGCACGCAGAGGGGAUGCUGCUGACGGCCGCCGUGUCAGCAGGCAAGGCCACCAUCGACCCGGCGUACAACGUACCAGAGUUAUCGAAGUCCAUCGACCUGAUUAACGUGAUGACCUACGAUCUGCACGGCGCCUGGGAUGACUACACUCAUCACCAGUCUGGUCUCUACGCUCAUCCUCUGGACGAGGGAGAUAAUACCUUCUUGAAUGUGGACUUUGCAAUCAGUUAUUGGAUCGAGAAGGGAGCUCGCCCCGGCCAGAUCGCCCUGGGUAUCCCGCUGUACGGCCGCUGCUGGACCCUCGCCAGCCAGCAGGAAACCGGGUAUUACGCCCCCGCGCACCAGCCCGGCGCCGCUGGGGACUGGACCAAGAGCCCUGGCAUGCUUGGCUAUAAUGAGAUCUGUUACAUGCAGACUACUCAGGAUUGGACCGUAGUGAAUGACCCUGCCAUGAACGAGCCCUAUGCCUACUACUUCCCCAUGAAUAACAUUUGGUGCUCGUACGACCACGCAGCCUCCGUCGCUACGAAGGCAGAGUAUGCGAAGGCUAAAGGCCUGGCUGGCACAAUGGUCUGGAGUGUGGAGACCGACGACUUCCGUGGAUUAUGUCACAACCGCAAGUACCAUCUGAUAAAGACCAUGGUUGAGGUGUUUGGUGGUGGCUCCAUCACCGAGCCUCCACCGCUCCCCACAACCACCAGGGACCCCAACGAGCCAACCACCACGACCAGAGCGCCUCCCCCUCCUGGUGUCCACUGCAGCCAACCAGGCCUCAACCCAGAUCCCCUGGACUGCACCCACUACUACCUGUGCUCUCUCAACACCUCGGGCGGUUACAACGAGAAGGAGGAGGUGUGUCCUGAGGGAACGCUCUACAAUCCCCAGAGCUACUACUGCGACUGGGCUUCUUCCGUGUGUCAUCUCGGCGAAGACGUUUGCCCGAAUGACUGCUGAGUAACUCGUUGAGGGUUAAAAGCAGAUGUGCCACAAUAAUCAGCUUUUCAAAUAUGUACUUGAAAUUGG